AGAAAUAUACGGAACCUGGUAAAUUCAUAAUACAAUGAAAGGCGUUGAAGGAAAACUGUGUGAGGAAUUUUCUCCCAAGUAUUAUGGGCUUUGCUUUCUUGGAGGCAUGCUUAGUUCUGGCCCUACCCAUCUUGCUAUAACCCCCCUUGAUGUCCUCAAAGUGCAUAUGCAGGUGAAUCCGAUUAAAUAUAAUAGCAUUGUAACUGGGCUUGCCACCCUUUGGAAAGAAGAAGGACCUUAUGCUCUUUGGAGAGGUUGGUCUGGCAAGUUAUUUGGAUAUGGUGUUCAAGGAGGUUUCAAAUAUGGUCUCUAUGAGUACUUCAAGAAGCUUAAUUCUGAUCUAUUCGUGGGUUAUAACAGGGAUUUCAUAUUCUUUCUCAGCAGUUUAUCUGCUCAGGUUUUAGCUGAUGUGGCUCUUGCUCCUUUUGAAGCUGUUAAAGUCCGUGUUCAGGUUCAGCCUAAUUUUGCAAAGGGUUUAACUGAUGGCUUUCCAAUAGUAUAUAAAACUGAAGGUCUUGCUGGUUUCUACAGGGGCCUUAUUCCAUUGUGGAGCCGUAAUGUUCCUUUCAACAUUGUUAUGUUUACGACAUUUGAGCAUUCAGUGGACCUAAUAUAUAGUAAUAUCAUGCAUAGAAGAAAGGAAGAUUGUUCUACUGCACAGCAACUUGGUGUGACAUGUUUAGCAGCCUAUACAGCUGGCGCUGUUGGCACUGUAAUUUCCAACCCUGCUGACAAUGUUAUGACCAGUCUUUAUAAUAAAAAGGCUCAAUCUUUAAUGCAAGCUAUCAAGAGCAUUGGGUUCGCGAAUUUGUUCACUAGAAGUCUUCCUGUUCGGAUGGCUCUUCUAGGUCCAGUUGUUACUUUGCAGUGGUUUUUCUAUGACACCACAAAAGUGCUCUGUGGACUGCCUACUAGUGGAGGGCUUGCGAGAAACCUGGAGGAAGCCAAAUUGUAGUUUGAGCUCAAGUAUCUUUGGUUCAGUCUUGUGUGUCUGAAUUUUUUUUUAGUACUAUUUGUUUUUCGUUUAAUCGAGAUUAGGAUAGAUUAGCUGUUCGAACUUGAAUAUGCAGUCUCAAAUUAAAGUUGUAAGGAUCAGUAACCUUUAUUCACCCCAAGCUCAUAGGGAAUUUUUGUUCCCAUAAUGGGCUUGUUGAAAAUAAACAACCUCAUACAUCGAUCUUUACCCAUUUGAUGAAUGCUUGCAAUUGGAAUUUAUGACUGUCUUCCAUUUGUGUAAAACACAUAUUAUGCACUACACGGAGUGAAGCAGAAUCAACAACUUUUGAAGCCUUCAUUUCCCACAAGGUUAUUUUGGGAGUAUUCCUCAUCGAUUAUGUCGGUGGCUAUUGAAGAAAACAGCAGGGAUCUCAACUAAUGCAGUUGAAACCGAGCACCCAUCAAAUAUACUUUCAUUUUGUUUUUUCAUUUAAUGUAUUCUGAUCAAGUAAUUAUGAGGAUGUAAUAGAUUUAUUAAAAA